AUGGAAGGAAUAGAGGGUUUAGUUAGCUGUGAAGCAAACUAUGUACCUCUCUCUCCAAUAAGCUUUUCAGAGCAUGCAAGAUUUGUUUAUCAAGAUCAACUCUCUAUCGUUUAUGGAACCAAAAAAUAUUCAUGGAGAGAGACGCAUGAUAGAUGCGUCAAGCUAGCCUCUGCAUUGUCGCAGCUCGGAGUUACACCUGGUAACAUUGUUGCAGCAGUGGCACCAAACAUUCCAGCACUGUAUGAGCUGCAUUUUGGCGUUCCAAUGGCCGGGGCCAUCCAUUGCGCGCUUAACACAGGGCUGAACGCAACUACAUUAGCAAUGAAACUGGAGCAGUUGCAAGCCAAAGCUGUUUUUGUGGACUAUCAGUACAUUGAGGUUGUUCAGCAAGCUAUCAGUAUGCUCUCUCAAAUAAAAAGCAAGACACUUCAACUAGUCUUGAUCCAGGAAAGCAAUAUGGAUUCAACAUUAUCAGUUAAUAUAAAGGAACCGGAUGUAGAAAACUGUUUGGAAUAUGAAAGGCUAAUUGCAAUGGGAAAAGCUGAUUUCAAGAUUCUAUAUCCAAAUGAUGAGCGCGAUCCAAUCUCAAUAAACUACACUUCUGGUUCAACAGGAAAUCCUAAAGGAGUCGUAUACAGUCACCGGGCUGUCUAUCUGAAUUCAUUAGCUAUGAUUUUUCGCAGCGAGAUGAGGCAAAUGCCUGUGUUUUUAUGGGCAGUUGACAUGUUUCGCUGCAACGGAUGGUGCUUCCCUUGGGUAAUGGCUGCUCUAGGCGGCACAAAUAUUUGUGUCAGAAAUAUCAGUGGAAAAGCCAUUUUUGAUGCUAUAUUCCAUCACAAUGUCACACAUUUCUGUGGGGCGCCCGGAAUCUUAAAUAAGAUUGCGGAAACACCAGCUACUGAUCAGCACCCUUUGCGUCACAAGGUGAAUAUAACUGUUGCGGGAACACUACCACCUCGUGAAAUUCAACAAAGACUCGAAGCUUUAGGUUUUAUUAUCACACAUGGAUAUGGAAUGACUGAAGCUCUUGGUCCAGUGAUGCUGAAAAUCUUGAAUCAGGAUAAUUCAUCUGAUUUAGAUGAAAAGGAAAAUAUAAAAGCUCGUCAAGGCAUUCACAGCCUGUUGGUGGAAUGUCUUGAUGUAAAAGAUCCCAUUUCGAUGAAAAGUGUGCCAGCUGAUGGGAAGACAAUAGGAGAGGUGAUGUUCAGGAGCAAUACUAUGAUGUUGGGGUACAUGAAAAAUUUACAAGCAACACAAGAAGCCUUUAAGGGAGGGUGGUAUAGGACUGGGGAUGCUGGGGUGAGAUAUCCCAAUGGUUGCAUAGAAAUGAAGGAUCGUUGGGAUGACAUGAUCAUAUGUGGAGGCGAGAUCGUUAGUACACUUGGGAUUGAAGCUAUCUUAGUUAAGCAUCCAAAGAUUUUGGAGGCUGCUGUUGUUGGAAAACCUCAUCAUAUUCUUGGAGAGACACCUUGUGCUUUUGUGAAGCUAAAGCUGGAAUCUCAUGUGAGUUCUGAAGAGAUUAUCAAGUUUUGCCAAAAUCUAAACGAAGUUCCCAAUGGAGAAUCUGAUGAAUCCGACUCUGAUGAAGAUUCUGAUGGAAGUGAUGAAGAGACACCAAACAAGGCUGACCAAAGUAGCCCACGCAUAAUAGCAGUCCCAAAACAGUAA